AGAGGGCUGGACUGACUGGAACACAACGGGAGUUUGUGCUCUGCUGAGUUUUGGCCAUGAGAGUGAGACAGUCAGUCUAGACGCUCUUGACAGCCUCGUCUGGAGGAGAGACACUUCCCUCUGCGGCUCUGUCCCCAUCACGACGACACACUUACUAACUUUCUCCUGCGAUAUAACUCCAGCACUCCUGAAGAAGGAUGACACCCCUGGCAUCGUGGAUAGGACAGUGUCUGUGGGCAUCUGUGUCAUUCAAAUGCCAAGUCUGAAAAGUGGAAGGAAAGAAAGUUCUUGCAGACACACGUCGAGCACUUCCAAGCUUUAGAGUCAAACUUUGCACAGUUGGCCAUGGCUGCAUAUCCAUGGCUUGGAGGAUAGGAGGGGUUUAAAGUGUAACUGCCGCUAAUGAGCUGAACCCGAGGAUCAAAAUGGAGGUCACACAGCAACGGUCUGUCUACCGGACUGGUUAAAGCUGCAGUCAAAAGCAUUACUGCAAGGGCAGUAUGCAGGCAGCUGACUACCCAGCCACAAAUAAUAACACAGAGUGCAAGUUCCACUGCACCAAUGGCAGAUGUCUGAAACUUCUCUCGCUGAUUUGCAAUCAUCUGAAUGAAUGUGGAGACAACAGUGAUGAGGAACACUGUCCCGCUGCUGUACCUCCACCUCCAGACACCAUCCAGACUGAACUGGAGUUUGUUCAGAUAAUAAUCAUAAUUGUGGUGAUGACUGUAAUGGUAGUUGUGAUCAUCUGUUUGCUAAACCACUAUCGGCUGUCGGCUUGGGCCUUCCUGACACGCCACAGCCAGGCCCGUCGACGAGAAGAGGGCAUGCAGCCGGAUGGCUGUGCAUGGCCUACAGAUAGUUUGGUGACGCAGCAAGGAGCCACUGAGGUGAUGUAUGGGCCAAGGAGCGGAGAGCGCUUCAACCCACCUUCAUUUAUGCAAAGGGACCGAUUCAGCCGCUUCCAGCCCACCUACCCAUACCUGCAGCAGGACAUCCACUUGCCGCCCACCAUCUGCCUUUCAGAUGGCGAGGAGCUGCCGCCCUACAAGGGCCCCUGUACGCUGCAGCUCAGAGACCCCGAGCAGCAGCUGGAGCUGAGCCGUGCAUCCGUGCGCGCGCCUCCAAACCGGACCAUUUUCGACAGCGACCUGAUAGACGUUUACGUGCACGGAGGCGGGCCGCGGCCCCCGAGCAGCAACUCUGGCAAGAGUGCCUCGAACUCGCACGUGGAGGGACCGCCACCUACCUAUAGUGAGGUGAUGGGUCAGACUUAUCCAGGCUCCGCCUCCUUCCUGCACCAGCACAGCAAUAACGCACCACCCUCCAAUCAGAGGACAGCCAGCCGCUCCGGCCAGCCUGGCGCAAGCACAACCCUGUUCGUCAAGGUUAAGGAUAGUCGGCGCGACAAACCCGUGUGACUAGGAGGCACUAGAGGGCAGUAGAGAGCGCGUGUCGUCAUCUGCGCUCUCUGGUACUUCCUCCUGGACCUAAAGGGGGAGUGGCUUCACGGUUAGACCACUCCCCUUGCACAAUUUAAAUCGAAGAAAUUGAGGAACCAAGCUUACAAAGUUUAUUUUUUUGUAUGUUUUUUUUUUUUUUUUGCUAGAACUUCGGGGCCUUGUAUGGAUGUUUGGGCUCCUCGGCUAAAGCUCUUUGUUUGGUUUUUGUAUGCUUUCCUGUAUUUAAAACAAAACACGUGUGUUGGCACAGAUUGUUUGCGUGAGAGACCACAUGGGUCAUAGGAUUGAGAAAUUUUGUAUUCGUUUUUUUGUUCAUUUCCAGGACUUGUGCACAGAAACUGUUCACAACCAAUCAAAAUCCAAAUUGAGUGCCAUGAUAUAAUCUUAAUCUUGGGGAUGUGCGACUCACAACUACAACAGCAAGUCUUUACGUUGCACUUAUUCUGGUUAAAGAGAGGGUAAAAACGGCUAUCCUUGGUUACUUUUGUUCUCCGUCAAUCCACAGGUCUUUGCCUGUUCCUGGGAAUUCUUUCCUUCCUUUUUACAUUUUCCGAAUAUCUCGUUUUCCUGAAAUGGAGAUGAAGAACUCUGAUCCAGCCUAAAGUCUCCACAACUGAACUGCGUCAUGGCACUUAUUAUGAUUAAUGUUUUCACAAAGGGGCUUUAACAAGCUGUUCAAAUUCCAGAUUACUUCUUUUUAUGUUCGUUCCACUGACCAAGUGAGAGAUCAUGGCAUGGAUAUCUGCAGAUGGAAGUCACGACACACACGCCACUUUCAUCCUGUCGAGUAGCACUUUAAACUAAAGUCACUUCAGCAUUGUCAAUGGGGUCCAAGUGCAAGGGAAUCAUGGGAACUGUAGUCUUAUGCACAUCCUAUCCCCUUCUGAUCUCAUACCGCAAACAUGCAUGUUACCCCCCCCCCCCCAGUUAUCCAUCCUAUAUUUUAAUUUACAAUCAUAUAUGGAUCUCGUAUUUUAUUUAUCCCUUUACUCUCCUGUGCGCCGUUUUAUUCCAAGGCUGCUCAGGAGCACACCAGUAUUUAACGUGUACCAAUCAUGACGUGGUGCGUCCCCUAUUCCUUCAUUUAUUUCAAGUUGUAUUCAAUCAUCACCACAUGGCACGCAUUUGGAAUGCUUUUCAGACAUGCUGAUUGUGUCGUUGUUUGUUUAUUUUUGUGAUCACGUCUGAGCUUUGUAAACCACCAGUCUUUGGCCUUCCCUUAGAAAGUUCCAUAGAAAACCUAUUUAUUAACUAGCUAUUUAUUAAAGCGACCAGUUUGAGAGGAUAUAUAGUCAGAGUAGGUGGGAGUUUAAAGCCCCCAUCCUCUAAAUAGGCUUUUUUUGGUGACCUUUUUUUCCUCCUUUAAUAGUGUGAUUUUUCUAGCGCUCAUCCGCUUUGGCUUCAAAACGGCCUCUUGUCAUUGGCUCUGCUUCCCGUCACUCAUUCUGACCGCGCAGUUUGAGUUCGUACUGUAUUGCUGCUGCUACGCGCUGCUACCGCCGCUACUGCUGCUGUUGUUUGUUUGGUAUGUAGGUUGUCAGCUUCCUCCUGACUUUCUUUCCGCUAAUCAACCGAGACCUAGACAGUCUGUCCUCUGUUUUCUUCGUUCAGAUUAGCUGUCCUAGCGCUAGGAAGACGAAUCCAAAUGUAUUUCUUACGUUCGCAGCCGAGAGGUUGGCAUGUUCUUCUUUACAUGAGCAAAAUUCGGUGCCUAACAGUCAUGUUUAAGCAGACAUAGAAACCCACUUGCACUCAAAAGUCCCCACCUUUGUUGUGCCUCACUUCCUAUGGUGCUUCUUUCAGUAGUCGGACUCUGUUUAUUUGUACGGUGCUGUAUAUAACUUGAAUAUAUUAUGCACAUAUCCUACCCAAUGGGUAGAACAACCACAAGAAAGCAUUGUUAAUACUGUAAUAUAAUGUAUAGAUAAUAUUAAAAAGAAAACUUUAACACGGUGGCAUCAAGUUUUGUGAAUGCCUUCAAUUGUGCUUUGUCUUUUUUGUAAAACAGAGUAAAGUUUGCAAAGAGAAACGCUACAGUAUGGUCACAGAAAUACAAAAGACUUCUUAUAUAUUUUUUUUCCUAUACAGUAAAUGCAAAAUCUGUUAUGUGAUGAAGCGAAUAUUCUGAUUAAUAUGAGGCAGUUGUUAUAUAAAGGAGAACUAGCUGCUGCUUUUGUAACUUCCACACAAAGAAUUAUUAACGCCAGCGCUUGUCAUUUUAUUUAUUGACGUUUAUUUUGUGACUGCUAGCUGUUUGGACCGCCUAAUAACCAUGAAAAUAACACAAUUUUCCGUACCGUCAAGCGCUUUUGGGCUCCCACGAGGCCUUUUCCCGAAGGUUUGGUGGUUGAUAUGAAAACCGCAGCUCAGGGUGAGGGUUUAUUGGAUCGGCGGGGAACGGUUAACAUUCUCUUGUCUCUUUUGUUAUGCACAUAAUCGACUUGUGUGGGAUAUAAAAGAGCAUCAAAUGCAUACAUGAGGAAACGCCAGCCCAUCGCUGAUUGUUACUGCAUGUUCAUGUUGUCAUUUUCCUCGACGUAGCAGUUUGGUUCCGAGCUCUUCGCUUCUCUUGAAAACACUCGCUGCACACGCUUGAAUGGACGAAUAAACGAGCGCCAAUGAAUGACUGACUGACUGACGACUUGUGUGGGGAGUAUAGCAUCUCGUUACAUGGAUCUGGAAGGUUCAUCGUUGGCCUCGAGCGAGAUCACAUCGCAGGACUGUACGACCUAUUGUGGACUACAAACCUUUUUUUUUUUAGCAGGAAAAAAACAACAACGGUGGAGCGAGCGAGGAACGCUGCUGUCCUUACGCCUUUUUUUUAUUGUUCUAUUUAAUUGUGAUGUCAGCGGUUUUCAGUUUGAGGUCUGUUAAUUGCAAUACUUUUACAGGAAAAAGGUGACUUAAAACUAUUUUAAAAAAUGCAUAAAAAUAAAUACAAGAAUUAAAAAAAAAAAACAAUAAAACUAUUGCUUAAAGAUACUGUUGUAGUCCCUCAUGAAACGAUUCCACGCUUGUUCUUUCGCUGUCAUCAAAUGGCCAGAGAGAGCAAUUAAAGUUGAGGAAAAGAACCAGA